CUGCUUGAUUUUCUCUUCUCCCAAACUUUAUUUUAUCAGAGAUUUGAGAGAGAGAGAGAGAGAGAGAGAGAGCUCUUCUGCUACCCGCAGGUGGUUGCUUCUUGCAGAAGGAUCUCUGUGAAUUUUUUUUUCCUAUUGCCUGUUGAUAUAAAAGAAUAGUUAUAAAGAAAAGAAGAAAUUGCAGAUUUCAAUAACAAUAUAAAAAAAAAAAAAAUGAAGGGGUUUCGUGGAGAGAACCUUAUGUAGAGCCCCUAAAUUCCCCUAUUAGAUUCCAUCUUCUCUUAACGUGAUUGCUAUCUAUUGCUUUGAUUUAUCCAGUUCAAAAUUCUCAGAAGAAAAAUUCGCUUCUUUGGUCUCAGAAUUUUUUUUUUUCUUUUGAUCGCCCCGUAGCUGUUUUUGUUCGUUUUAGGUUUUGUUCUGAGCAUCGUGGGAGCACGAUUGGGGCUUUUUUGGGUGUAAUCAUUGGUGGGUAAUUUGGGAUUCGGUCACACCUUCGUGAUUUUGACGUUGGGUCGGUGAUGCUUAGGGUUUUCAACAAAUAUUUUGGUGGUUCUGUUGUGAACGGGUGGCUUUUGAUGAGUCGCGCUGUGGAUUUUUGCUAAAUUUGGGUAUUUUGGAGGAUUUGGGUGUAAAGUCUUAGGUUUUUGGAUAAAAUCUCUGGAGGGUGUGGUUUGGGAGGGGGCAUUCCUUUUUUUUUUUUUUUCAGAUUCUUGUGGUCAGUCGAUAACUACUGGUGUUCUGUCGAUUCAAUUCUUGGUGUGUUUACGGAAUAUUGGAUGUUUCGGCAGAUUUCUGUAGUGGGGUGGUGAAAAAUCAAGGAUUAAAGCUCUAAAGAGGGGUAAUCCUCCCAUUUGGUUUUAACUCGGAGUUUAUCACGAUUGAUUGAAUUGUUUCGACCAUAUCUUUGGGUUCGAUAGGCCUUGUGUGGGGUUGUAACUAAAAUUCUGCUGUAGGGGUGGUGAAUUUUUUAUUCUCUUGUAUUUUGUGGUGGGCAAUUCUGCAUCUAAGGAUAAGAUGAGUUCAAGCGUUACUGAAGGUUCGGUUCAUGAGGGUAAGCUUCUAGUCCACAUAGCAGAAAAUGGCCACUCCUUUGAGCUUGAUUGUGAUGAAGCAACCCCUGUGGAGGCAGUUAUGCGGUAUAUUGAAUCAGUCGCAGGGAUUAAUUUCAAUGAACAGCUUGUUUUGUGUUUGGAUAUGAAACUCGAAUCCCAGCGGCCUCUUUCUGCUUAUAAGCUUCCAUCCAGUGAUGGAGAUGUGUUUAUAUUCAAUAAAGCUAGGCUCCAAAAUAGUUCCCCUCCCCCUCUACCUGAGCAAUUUGAUAUUCUUGAAGUUGCAGAUCCUCCACCACCAGCAUGUCCACAUGAUCCCCACCCAUUAGACGACGUAGUACCCGCUUUGAAGGCUUUGCCUUCUUAUGAGAGACAAUUUAGGUACCAUUACCAUAGGGGUCAUGCGAUAUACAGUAGAACUCAUGUGAAGUAUGAGCAUUGUGAGAGGUUAUUGAGGGAGCAGAAGGUGCAGGAGAGAGCAGUUGAGGUUGCUAGGGGUAAUUUGGAUCAAUAUUAUAGGAUGAUUAGUCAGAAUUACUCAGAAUUCAUGAAGCGCUACACACAGCAGCACAGGAUGCAUUCUGAACUCUUAAUGAAUUACAGAAGGGAUUUAGAAAAACUGAGGUCUAUCAAACUUCAUCCAGCUUUGCAGAAUACUACACGUAAGAGUUUAGUGGAUUUUGUGAAGGAAGAAAACCUGAGGAAAGCUGUCGAGAACUGUAGCAACUCCCAUAGACAGUUUGAGAAGAAGGUUUCGGAGUUUAAGCAGACGUUUAGUGACGUAAAGCGCAAGGUGGGGGAGUUAUUUGCUUGCAGGACUCCCUUUCCUCUUAGGAAUUUAGAGCUGGCCAUCAAGGAGCGUAAGCGAUUCAUCAAUGAACAGAAGAGUAUAAUGCAAUCUUUAAGCAAAGAUGUAAAUACGGUAAAGAAACUUGUGGAUGAUUGUCUGUCCUGCCAAUUGUCCUCCUCACUGCGCCCUCACGAUGCAGUUUCAGCCCUGGGUCCCAUGUAUGAUGUACAUGACAAGAAUCAUUUGCCUAAGAUGGAGGCUUGUGGUUGUUCAAUUACCAAACUUCUUGAGUUCUGCAAGGAUAAGAAGAAUGAGAUGAACAUCUUUGUGCACAAUUACAUGCAAAAAAUAGCAUAUAUUUCUUAUAAAAUUAAAGAUGCUAAGUUCCAGUUUCCAGUUUUUAGAGAAGCAAUGGUGCGCCAGGAUGAUCUGUUUACUGAACUGAAGCUGGUUCGAGGGAUUGGUCCUGCAUAUAGAGCUUGCCUUGCAGAAGUGGUAAGAAGAAAGGCCUCCAUGAAACUUUACAUGGGCAUGGCUGGACAGUUGGCUGAAAGGCUUGCUACCAAGAGGGAGACUGAGGUUAGGAGACGGGAAGAGUUUCGAAAAGCACAUAGUUCAUAUAUACCAAGGGAUAUAUUAGAUUCAAUGGGCUUGUAUGAUAUUCCAAGCCAGUGUGACGUCAAUAUUGCUCCUUUUGACGCAAAUUUGCUUAAUAUUGAUAUCUCAGACCUGGACCAUUAUGCGCCUGAGUAUUUAGUGGGACUACCUUUAAAGAGUGAGAAGCAUGCAAGCUUGAAAGGCUCAUUUUCCAUGUCUAAUGACAGUUCUCAUUCUGCUGAGGGGGAAGAGAUGGUUGCAGACACUCUUGACAAAGACUAUUCUGAGGAGCUUCUUGAAGGCAGUGAGUUGGUAGAGAUUGCUGGAACUAGCAAGCUGGAAGUUGAGAAUGCAAAACUGAAAGCUGAACUUGCUUCUGCAAAAGCGCUUAUAUGUACCCUCAGCCUUGAAUAUGAGUCAGUGGAUGAUGAAAAAGUGGAUAGUUUGUUGAAGAAUGCUGCAGAGAAGACAGCUGAAGCCUUGCAGCUGAAAGAUGAGCAUGGGAAGCAUCUCCAAUCUAUGCUUAAGGCAAAGCAACUGCAAUGUCUGUCAUAUGAGAAGCGUAUCCAAGAAUUAGAGCAGAGAUUGUCUGAUCAGUUUCUGCAGGAGCAAAAACUUUCAAGCAGCAAUGUUGCAUCUGAUUUUGACCUUCCAGCUGCAAAGGCUGAUGACAGCAAACCGCAAAUCCAUGGUGAUAUGCAAGCCCAUGUGCCUUAUAUAUCAACUUCAGAGCCCAUGGAUGAAGUUUCUUGUAUUUCUAGUUCUUUGGAUGCAAAACUAGGACUUUUCACAAGGCAACCAAGUAAAGUUCGAGAUGGGGGUGACGAAAAUAUGAUGGAUACCUCUGGAAUGCUAAAUACUCAGUUGGAUUCUCUAAUGAUGGAGCCACAUCGUGAAGAACUGCAAGUUGCUGAUAAAGAUGGGAAAGAUAAAAUGGUGGGACAAAUGGGCAUGUCAUUGGCAAGCAGUUCCACAGCUGAGAGUAUGCCUGAAGCUGUAAAUGUGUUACCUACUGAUGCUGCAGUUGAUCCUAAGAUCACUUGUGAUAUUGUGUUGGAAUUGCAAAGUGCACUUGUAGAAAAAUCAAAUCAAUUGAGUGAAACUGAAUCCAAGCUCCAAGCUGCUAUGGAGGAUGUUGCAGUACUUACUAGGGAAUUGGAAAUGAGUCGGAAGCUUCUUGAUGAAUCUCAGAUGAAUUGUGCUCACUUGGAGAAUUGUUUGCAUGAAGCAAGAGAGGAAGCCCAAACCCAUCUUUGUGCAGCUGAUCGGAGGGCCUCAGAGUAUAGUGCCCUGCGUGCAUCUGCUGUGAAAAUGCGUGGCCUUUUUGAAAGACUUAGGAACUGUAUAUAUGGCCCGAGUGGAGUUGCUGGUUUUGCUGAUUCCUUGCGUGCGUUAGCUCAAUCUUUGGGCAAUUCCAUUAAUGACAAUGAAGAUGAUGGUACUGCUGAGUUUCGAAAAUGCAUCCGGGUUCUUGCAGAUAGAGUUGGUUUCUUGUCUAGGCAUCGCGAGGAGCUGCUUGACAAGUACCCAAAACUGGAAGCUGCAAAUGAACAGCUUAAAAAGGAGUUGGAAGAAAAGAAGGAGCUGGUUGCCACUUUAUAUAAAAAGCAUCAACUUGAGAAGCAGGCAAACAAAGAAAGGAUAUCUUUCGGGCGGUUGGAAGGUCAUGAGAUAGCUGCAUUUGUUCUCAAUUCAGCUGGGCAUUAUGAGGCAAUCAACCGAAAUGGUUCUAACUACUAUUUGUCUUCUGAAUCUGUGGCGUUGUUUACUGAUCAUCUUCCAAGGCGUCCCAGCUACAUUGUUGGGCAGAUUGUGCAUAUUGAACGCCAGAUUGCGAAGCCAUUGCCUCCUAGCGCAGCCAGGCCUGAGCAUGGUAGGGCAGAUCAAGUGGAUCAUCUUACUUGUGACACAGGAACUGAUCAAUUGACCCUGAAUUUGGGAUCAACCUCAAAUCCAUUCAGUCUUCCCAUUGGUUGUGAAUACUUCGUAGUGACAGUAGCUAUGUUACCUGAUACCACCAUUCGUUCACUACCUCCUUCCUGAUCCCUGCUUCAGGCAGAUAAGACGUGAUGGAAGAAAUCAAGUGUAUAUAUAUAUAAUUAUAUAUAAAUAUUGGAAAAAAUGAUGGAAAGCAAACUUCUCUUUCUUUUUGUACAGUUGAUCAUCCAAUUACGUUUAAUCUUUCCUUUGUGUAUAAAGCUACUCUAUUUAACCAUGUAAAAAAAUGUGAAUAUUUUAUCAAUCUCUUGAAUUUUAAUCGAUCUUGCUCGUUAA